UCUUAGAAACAGUCACGAGGAGUGGACUUGGACCUUCACACAGUCUUUUAUCCUGCGAGAAAGGGACUCCAGUUGGCGGUCUUUCACUCUCUCUGCAUGUAUGUAUGGCAGGUUCGGACUCUUGAUUUGACCUGUGUGUGUGUGUGUGUGUGUAACUGGAACAAGGAGUUGACACCAUGCCCCUGGGUGCCAUGUGGAGCCGGGUGAAGAAUGUAUGCCAGCAGAAUGGCCUCCUCAUCCUGUCUGUGCUGGCCGUGGUGGUCGGCUGCCUGCUGGGAUUCUUCCUGCGUUCCAAACACCUCUCUGAACAGGAGGUGAAGUACUUCCAGUUCCCCGGAGAGCUGCUCAUGAGGAUGCUGAAGAUGCUCAUCCUGCCUCUUGUUGUCUCCAGUUUGAUGUCCGGUCUGGCAGCGUUGGAUGCUAAAUGCUCGAGCCGCCUGGGCAUAAUGACCAUCUCGUACUACCUGUGGACCACCUUCGUGGCUGUCGUGGUGGGAAUCGUCCUGGUGAUCAUCAUCCACCCAGGUGGCGCAGCGCAGAAGGAGGACUCGGAGGACAGCGGCAAGCCAAUCAUGAGCUCUGCGGACGCUCUGCUUGACCUCAUCCGCAACAUGUUUCCUGCAAACCUGGUCCAAGCUACUUUUCAACAGGUGAGAUGUGACCUUUGCAGCUUUGGAGCACAAUGCAAUGCAUCCCUGAGUCGUUCUUUAAUAGGUUUCAGAUACCUAACUGUUAUCUCUCUCCUUGGUCUUCAGUACCGCAGCAGGAGUAUCCCCAUCUUUAAGCCAAAGCCCACCGUGAGCCAAGACCUGAUGGAGUCCAACACCAGGCGCAAUUUUAUCUACGACAUCCAGGACGACAACGGCACUGACAUCCAGAGCUUCUCUCUGGACUUAACGCCGCCUCCAGACGUGGUGUUAAGGACGCUGCCCGGUACCAGCGACGGCAUGAACGUCCUGGGGAUCGUCAUCUUUUCAGCUACCAUGGGAAUUAUGCUGGGAAGAAUGGGACCCAACGGCAGUGCGCUGGUCAACUUCUGCCAGAGUUUAAAUGAAGCAGUGCUGAAAAUUGUAGCCAUCGUUAUCUGGUAUUUUCCAUUUGGGAUCGUCUUCCUGGUGGCUGGCAAGAUCUUGGAGAUGGACGACCCCUCUGCAAUGGGGAAGAAAUUGGGUUUCUAUGCAAUCACCGUGGUUAUCGGGCUGAUCGUCCAUGGUCUCUUCAUCCUGCCCGCCAUGUACUUCUUUAUCACCAAGAAGAGUCCAAUUGUUUACAUCCGAGGCAUCCUGCAGGCUCUGCUCAUCUCACUGGCCACUUCAUCCAGCUCUGCCACGCUGCCCAUCACCUUUAAGUGCCUCCUGGAGAACAACCAUAUCGACCGACGCAUCAUCCGCUUUGUCUUACCUGUUGGAGCCACCAUCAACAUGGACGGUACAGCACUCUACGAGGCCGUGGCAGCCAUCUUCAUCGCUCAGGUCAACAACUAUGAGCUGGACUUUGGUCAGAUCAUCACCAUCAGCAUCACAGCUACCGCAGCGAGUAUCGGCGCAGCGGGAAUUCCUCAAGCUGGCUUGGUAACCAUGGUGAUUGUAUUAACCUCAGUGGGGCUUCCUACUGACGACAUCACAUUAAUCAUCGCCGUGGAUUGGGCCCUGGACCGUUUCAGGACGAUGGUGAACGUGAUGGGAGACGCACUGGCCACGGGAAUCAUGGCACACAUAUGCAGGAAAGACUUUAUGAAGGAGGGCGAAGAGAUUCCUCUGAUCUGUGAAACCAAGCCCAUGAUAAGCAUCCAACAGAUGACAUCCUACCAGAGCAACGGCUGCUUCCGACCUCCUCCGGCACGCCCCGGAAAGCCUGAACAUCUCUCCCCAGAUGUGGCUCGCCUUGUACAGCUGGAAGAAGGCAUCAAGCCAGAGAGGAAGCAUAAGAAGUCCACACACCAUUUCAAGAGGAAAAACCAGGACCAAGACCGAGAUCGAGACCACUGUACUAUCGACAUGAACGGCCUCGAAACCAAAGUCUAGACUCAUUCAGAUCUCGUUGGCCUAAGAGGAACGAGCAAGGAACAAGUGCUGUACGUGGUGUUCUGUCACUCGCCGUUCAAAAUCCUUCUACUGACUGGCCGCCGAUGGCUAGUGAAGGUUUGUACGCGUGUACAAAUGUGGACCAUAUGUGGACAGGUUUGAAAGGAAAACGAAAUGAUCUGGUCCUACCUCUGGAACUUUCUAUAGUUGCUCCUUACCAACACCCAGAAUGUGUCACGGGUUCAUUCAGCUUGUUACAGCAACCCACGCUGGGUAAAAGAAUAAAGUGAUCUACGACAGUCAACAUGGAUAUAAUAUUAAUGAUAAACAGACUGUUAGAACACGCUAC